AUGCCGGCGGAGGUUAGACAGUACACGAUGGCGGACGUGGCGUUACGCGACGGCAAGAACGGUACGCGGACGUGGAUUGUGGUCAGUGACAUUGUGUACGAUGUGACCGAUUACAUGGAGAACCACCCGGGCGGCAGCGAGCUGAUCACCGAGUGGGCCGGAAAGGACGGUACGAAAGACUUCGACGACUUCGGCCAUUCGUCGGAUGCGAUGAAGGAGCUGAAAACGUUGCAAAUCGGUGUUUUGGUUGAGGAAGAUCGUGCCAAGAACCGGAAGGCGAAAUCGGCCAAAAGCGCCACCGUGGAGCAGACGGAAGAAGAAUCGAAACCACGGAAGCGUCGAAGGUUCAUCAUGUGCUGUUAG